AUGGAUCGGAUAACAUGGUACCAACCAGGCGAAAGCAUGGAGGAAAUCCUCUGCCAGGCCGGAAGUGUUGGCUUAUACGAAGGGGACCUCAAACAGACGGAAUUCGAACUGGGCACUGCAUCCUUGACCCUACAUCGCAUCAUCUGGGCUGAUUCAACAGAUCCGGAUCGGAGGCUCGUUUUGAAUCAUUACCUCGUGCUCCAUGCUGAGAAACAUCACAAAACGAUGUUCGGGAAAGGAGGGAAGAUUGUUGUCCGGCUUUCUCCUGCUCCUGAAAGCGCCGUUGGUCCCGUCAGCACAUCACAAUUCAAUUGUGUCCGUUUCAUCUUCAGAAGUGGCGGCGAGGACGAGUUUUUCAAAAAAUACGACGAAGCUUUGAAGCGGAAGACAUGGGAACGGACCCCUUCGGGUAGUUCUUCUGGAGGGUCACGGACCUCGGGUCAUCCAGACAGGCAUCGUGGACUGGGAAUUGGUGGGAUCGAGAAACGACUUGUGGAAAAUCAUCAGAGAACACAUGAAAGUAUUAGUCAGGCGUUCGAAGAUAUGUCGAAACUGAUGGAAACCGCUCGCGAAAUGGUCGGCCUUUCCAAAAGCAUAGCGGAGAAACUGAGAGCUAGACAAGGGACGAUUACGGACGAUGAGACAGUAGAGUUCAAGUCCUAUCUUCUCUCCCUCGGCGUCUCUGAUCCAGUGACGAAAAGUACCUACGGAAAUGGUGCGAAGUAUUUCGAGAAGCUUGCCGAAGAACUCGCCUUUGUUUUAGAAGAACCUCUAAAAGAGAAUGGCGGUAUGAUGACGUUGCCAGAAGUAUUUUGCCGGAUCAACCGCGCGCGGGGGCUCGAACUGCUAUCUCCUGAAGACUUGCUGAACGCAUGUGCGGCCUUGUCGAAGGUUGACACUCCGUUAGAGUUACACCGCUUCCCCUCGGGCGUGUUGGUGCUACAACUAAAAUCGGCGAACGUUGAGAGCACGGUUGAUGGAACGGUUUCUCUGGUAGGAUCCGAGGGAUCACUGUCGGCUACCGAGCUAGCAGCCACUCAAGGAAUCACGAUGGUGCUUGCGAAAGAACGAUUAUUGGCAGCCGAAAGCAAGGGUCUCCUUUGCCGCGACGACACCGUCGAAGGGCUGCGUUUCUACGAAAACGAAUUUUUGAAGAAAGAA